UGGCAGUGGCAACCAGCGUACAUACUGUGCUGUACGUGUCCGCUUGUUAGCUUCUUCGUUCAAGAUGACGACUGCAAGUUUAGAAGAUUACUUUCGGACAACGUUCCAAGACAAACUUCUCGUUAAGAUGCCUGAACGAGAAGAAGACCAUCUGACAGCUGCCACGAGGCUACUCGAGAAGCGUCGCGAAAUGAAUGAGGUCGAACAGGCUCUCAAUGCACAGAAGGGAGAAUUUCAAAUGAAAAUGGAGAGUCUGCAGCAGCGGAGGGAGGAACUAGAGCGGAAAGAAUAUCAAUUGAAGAGCUCUCUUCUUAAGUUUGACAAAUUUUUGAAAGAGAAUGACUCGAAGCGAACGAGGGCUUUGAAAAAAGCGACGUCAGAGCAGGAACAAGGAAGGAUGAAAGCGAGAGAAAUCGAAAUGUUGACUGGAAAGGUUGCUCAACUGACUGCUUCUCUGGAUAAACAACGUCAACGUCUUGAAAAGUUGUCUGUGUAUCAUCGCUAUUUGGACAGAAUAUUGGAGACAGCAGAAGAGUUUACUGAAAUACGUGACAUAACAGCACGUCAUGAUACUCUUGUUACAACACACAAAGAUCUAAUGGAAACUGACCAUAGUAACCAAGAUGCCGUCGAAGCCCAGAGAACUCACUUGCUCAAACUUACAGAAGAAAAGAACAAUGAGAUCUUGAACUACAACAACAAGCUUGCACACUUGCAGACCGAACUUGAGGAUGCAAAAAGUCGAGCUGUGAAGUGGGAAUCGCAAUGGGCGCACAUUCAGAAUACAGCAGCGGAGAAGACAUUGCUAUUGGGUCGGAUAAACAUGGCAACACAUAACCUCUACAUGCUGGUCAACAAAUACCUUGGAAAGAAGGUUGAGAAAGGAGAUACUGGCGUUUCAACAGUGCAGCAGUUAGAUAAGAUCCAAGUGUGCAUUCAGGACUUAACUGAGAUAACACAAGACGUUCAGCGUGCUGGUACUACAUCAACAGCAGUUUACACUGCAUCUCCUACUAUGCACUAUGUCAUGCACAAUUGAUUAAGAAAUUCAUGGUAGUGUGUAUACUGUUCAGUCUGUUGAAUAUCGUAAGCGUUUAGCUAGUUUCUCCUUUGUUCUGUUCAUGAUGAUGUUGAAGUCUUUCAUAAGUUUGGGGUCUUGGGCUUCCUUUGGUAAAGCUUCAUAUUUGCCAUGUACAGCAGCAAUGUCAACAUCAAUGUCUUCAACGCUAACAAAUAGUAAUUAUUAAGAUAUGUGAUGGUAUCCCAGUGUUUCUGCCUUGGUCAAUGUCUGUCUGCUUCUAGCUCCCUGUUAGUCUGACACUUCAUCUGAUCACCUGUUAAUGACUACCAGUCUGAUUGUCUAUCCAUGCAAGGUCAUAGCUGAAUACAAUACAAAGAUAUACGACACUGCAAUAUGUCUACAUAAACAGUAAACUAAUCUGAAUGACUUAUCAUAGUUAUACGGUCACAUAAAAAUCAUGCUUUUAUUAUUCUCAUUCGGUUUCAUGUUUGCUG